CGGGAAGGAUUUGUUUUUUUAACUAUUGGAUGGGUUUUGUCAAGUCUGAUGCCAUUUGGGAUUACUUUAGAUACCUAAAUGUUGUGGCGUUCUCUAAUUACGUAUCAGAUAUGCAUAUAAAGAAAGGCAUCUGCAAAAGUCUUGCAAUUUGUAAGAAAGCUACACAUGCUAGCUAUCAUCAAGCCCAAGGUUUCUGACUGGACAUCAACAGGUCGAUAUUGAAUACAGUAUCUGUUGCUCACAAUGGCGUCCAAAGGUUGGCAGCAUCCUUAUGUCAACAUUUUUAAACAUGUAAAAAUUGAAGAGUGGAAAAAAACAACACAAGAGGGUGAAGUCACUACAUCCACGGAUAAAACUCUGAGAUGUCCAGUGUUCAGGAUCAAGGGCCCUAUUCCUGCUAACAGCUACAUCCUUUUGCCCAAAAGCAGUAGCCAGAGCCUUGGGUUGACUGGAAAGUACUUCUACCUGCUUUUCCGACCUACCCCUUCCAAAUAUUUUGUGGUUCACAUUGAUGUUGCUGCAGAGGAGGGCCAAGUGGUGCGUAUCUCAUUUUCGAACAUGUUUAAAGAGUUCAAGUCAACAGUUACAUGGCUCCAGUUUCCGUUCCUUUGUGGGGCAGCAGAGGAUUCAGUUUAUGAAAAUACAGCUAAGAUGGCCAGACAAGGGUUGAUAGGGCCAGCACCAGCCACAGUGCGUUGGACCUGUCUGAUGCUGGAUUUGCAAUCCAUACUCUCUAAAUAUUUAAAUCGCUGCUACGUCCACCUCAGGACCAUUAAACUUUGUGCAAAUAUGGCUGUGAAAAACAUGUUCACCAGUGACCUCCUGUUUAAUCCUGGUGUGUCUUACAGUGAAGCCAGGCUCAUGGGGUUAUCCUCCUCUCGGGGUACAGGUCCUGUUCCCAGGGACAUGGCAUUUCCUGUGCCCAGAGGAAGUUCUUGGCAUGACCUUUACGACUAUAUUAGGUUCCCAUCUGAAGGCACUAAGUUACCGUUUGACUCUAUUCAAAAAGACCACCACAGCCCACAAGCUUGGACAGCGUUUAACCCAAAAUGUCUAACUAGUGAAAGACUUAACUGUGUUUCCUUCAGCAAACCAGUUCAGGAUCGUGUUUCUCUUAUCCAGCAGAUUACCUCCCCCAAAAAAUAUCCCAGGGAUCAGUCUUGUGUGGUUGCUGGCAUUCCCGAGCUUGGUGUGGUGUCUUCUCACCUGGAGGAGAAUGGGCUUCCUCACAGUCAUGACCUACUUGAAGAGGAGAUGGUCUGCCCUAGUUCACAUCACGUCUCAUCAAAACCACCAUGUAACACUGGAGAUGGGGUCCAUGUAUUUGUGCAAUCUGGUGACAGCCUCCAAAAGCGCGAGGAGAGUGAAGCAGACAUUUGCACUAACCAAAAAUUGCCAAAAGAACUCACAAAGCUUGAGAAACUGCUUCCUGACCCCAUUCUCCAACUCGGACGCGUCAUUGGCUUUGGUGGUGCAACCAACAAACAUGCACUAUGGACCAAAUCCUGUGAUGAAGUGGUAUAUCCAUGCCAUGCUGUUAUUGUCUCCAUGAAUAUCACUUCAAAGAAGCAGAGAUUCUUUAUUGGCCACACUAAUAAGGUGUCUGCAUUAGAUUUCAAUGCCAGCACUACCCUUCUCGCCUCUGGCCAAACUGGUCAACACAGUGUUGUUCGGAUAUGGGAUUACCAAAAAGGAAACUGUCUUGCUGCAAUAAGGAACCACGCCCAUUCAUUGUCCUCCCUUAGUUUCUCGCACAGUGGAGCCGUCCUGUGUGGGGUUGGUAAAGACCGUCAUUGUAAAACACUAGUGGUGGUGUGGAGCACUCUGAAUGUGCAGAAGGAGAGCAUUGUGACAGUACUGGCCCAAGCACACACCGACGUGGACAUUCACACAAUGAAGGUGGCCUUCUUUGAUGAAACGAGAAUGGUGUCGUGUGGUCGUGACAAUAUCCGUCUAUGGCGUAUGCGCAAUGGCUCACUGCGCUCUUGUCCUGUCAAUCUGGGUGAAUACCAUUCACAAGAUUUCACAGAUGUUUCCUUUGAAGAGGGCAUCUCCUCCUGCCAUCACAUUGAUAAUCAAACUCUAUAUGCAAGCAGUCGGAGUGGGUAUAUAUUUGAGAUUGACUACAGUAGAGUUGUGAUUAAACAUGUUCGAAAAUUACAACCUACACAGGAACAGCAUGGAGACCAUCGAAAUAAGUGGACCUUCACAGCAGGUCCAAGCAUAGCUAUCAACAGCAUUAGUAUAUCCACAUCCUUUUGUGCUACUGGCUCUGAGGACGGCUUUCUACGGCUCUGGCCUCUUGAUUUUUCCUCAGUUUUUCUGGAAGCUGAGCACGAGGGCCCUGUUAGUUUAGUGUCUGUGUCUUCAGAUGGCCUACAGGUUUUGGCAGCUACCUCCACUGGGAUCCUGGGAUACUUGGAUGUGAACAGCCAUGAUUACAAUACUCUCAUGAGGUCUCACACAGACACUGUUUUAGGCUUCAGUUUGGGUGGGGUUCAUAGACAUCUGGCAACAGCCUCCUCUGAUGGCACUGUGCGCAUUUGGAAUAUGGAUUCACUACAUCAACUGUAUGAUUUUGUGUCUGAGGACUGCCCCUGUUCAGUGGCCUUUCAUCCCCGUGAGCAGGUUUUUUCUUGUGGCUUCAGUUCCGGAAUUAUAAGGGUCUUUGGCAUUCCCAGUGCAAAACUACUGGCAGAGCAUAAGCAUUAUAAAGGUGAAGUGGUUGGCUUGGUUUUCUCCCAUAAUGGUGAAUUCAUGUACAGUGCUAGCUCUGAGGGCUCUCUGGUGCAGUACGAUGCUAAUAAUGUGGACCACUCUGCACUUAGAGUUGUGUGUAACAUGGUUGCUAGUGGCACCAAGCGUUCCCCAGAUGCUUUGAAUGUGAGCCAAGACAGUCGCUGCUUGGCUUUUGUUGGACCUUCAGAGUGCAUUGUCACUAUUGCUGACGCAAGGACUCUAGAGGAGUUACUCCAUAUAGAUGUAAGCAUUUUGGAUGUGGAGAGCACUUGUUUAGAUUCCGCACUGACGAUCUGCUUCGCUACAGCCUCCACACAACAUUUGCUGGUCUCCACUUCUGCUAACAAGGUCCUAUGGGUUAGCACUAAAACAGGCCGCGUGCUUCGAGAGGUGUCAAAGGUGGACAAGCAGCAUUGUUCGUCUCUGUCCGUGAGUGAGGACAACCGGUUUCUCUUGACAGCAGGCCAAAGCUCUGUCAAAGUGUGGGAUUAUGAUGUGCAGCAGAAAUCACAGACAUUCAUAGGCCACAGCCAGCCCAUCUGCCAGGUGGGCUUCACCCCUGACCAACACAGUGUAAUUUCAGUUGGAGAUGCCAUAUUCAUUUGGGACUUCCUCGCUGAACCCACAGAUUCUUUAGCUGUUAACUGUUCAAUUUUAAGAGUAACCAGUGGCUGUGCAACUCCAGAUCUGUCAGAUGUACCGCAAGUUCAGUUGUCCAACAGCAUGCCUCGACAAGCAGCGCCCCUCCCCUCUUCUCCUCCUCAACAACUGGACAUUUGCAACAUCAUACAAUUCGAUCAUGAUGCUGUGGAUUCUCAGAAAAACUGUCCUUCUCUUAGUUCCCAAAUAUGUCAGUCAACACUGGUAACUAGGUCUAAAUCUCCAGCCUCUUUCCUUAAAGUCACAGAGCUACAGAGUCCGUUUCCUCUUAGCUGUCAGUUUGGUUGCAGAAACAUAAAAAGACAAGCUGUACGUCCAGACUGUUAUCGGCAUUUUGUUCCACAUUUUAAGAAGUCUGUGGUGAAUCAGAAUGCUUUACUAUCCCAACCAGGGGUACAGAACCUAAGGUUGAAAGCAGUACUUGGUUACAACGGUAAUGGGCGGAGCAACCUAGCAUGGAGUCCUGAUAAAGGAUUAUUUGUCUACUCCUGUGGCUGUAUAGUUGUGGUGGAAUACCUUCACACAGGAAUCCAGAAACAUCUCCAGGGACACAAUCAGGAGAUUUCUUGUCUUGCGGUGACAGAUGAUGCACAGACUGUAGCAUCGGGAGCUGGUGGAACAAAUGGAAUCCGAAGUCAGAUUUGUAUUUGGGAUGUCCAGAGCGGAGCAUGUCGCAAAUCCAUCUCCCAUCACAAGGGAGCAGUGCAGUGUCUUAUAUUUUCCAAAGAUGAUCGUUUUUUCCUCUCUGUGGGUGACUUCAGUGACCCAGAGGUGGCCCUGUGGAGCAGUAGGACUCUACAGCUGCUUUCAAGUGUCAGAGUGUCAGGACCUCUUCAUGAUGCUGCCUUUAGCCCCACAGCAGCUAGCCAGCUGGCAUGUGUGGGGAGUAUGGGAGUUUAUUUCUGUCUCAUCCAUGAAUGUGUUCCAGAUGUGGAGCUUAAGGUGCAAAGUGUGGACCCACCUAUUGAGGUUGGUGUGGUGGAGAUGACCGCACUGAGCUAUCACAGUGACAACUACCUUUUCACUGCAACCAACAAAGGCCAUGUAUGCGUGUGGGAUAUCGACACACAAUGUUGUUUCAUGACAUGGGAAGCAGACCUGGGGGAAAUCGGAGUGCUGCGAUGUCAAGAUAGCCAUCUUUUGACUGGCAGUAACACCCGCUGGCUCCGACUGUGGGAGGUAGAAGCUAUACAUGGCAUGAGGUCUCUUGGAAAAAUUUCCAAUAUGGAACAUAGUGAAGCUGCUGUGGUGAUGAAGCAGGAGGUCCUGUUAGAUGGAAUCAUAGUGAGCGCUGCAUUUGAUAAUGCAAUAGACAUGGGGAUUGUUGGCACCACUGCGGGAACUUUAUGGUACAUCAAAUGGUCAGAAAACAGCAGUAUUCGUCUUGUCAGUGGACACAAGGUUAAGGUGAAUGAUGUGGUUUUUAGUUGUGAUGAGAAGCAUUUUGCCACAUGCAGUGAAGAUGGCAGUGUGAGAGUGUGGGCCUCACACAGCAACGAGCUACUGGUGCAGUUCCAGGUCUUAAACCAGGCGUGUUGUUGCAUCUGUUGGAGCCCAUCUUUCAAUAAGGACAACUUGUGUUUAGCGGCAGGAUACAGUGAUGGGACAGUGAGGGUUUUCAGACUGGCCUCAUCUGAAAUGGAAAUUAAACUACGUCCACAUCAUGUGGAGGUCACUGCUAUUCAGUAUUCUGCCAAAGGCCAUGUGAUCCUUUCAGCUGGAAAAAAUGGUCUUGUAGUAGUCAGCAGCCCGGAGAGCGGAGUUACCCUGCGUGUCAUCAGGGACCACAAAGGGGCCACCAUUACCACCAUUCAAAGUAUACAUAAGCAGGGUCGAGAGUUUGGACUGGAGGGGACCGAGAUGUGGCUGGCUGCGAGUGGUGACAGACGUGUCAGUGUCUGGGUCUGUGACUGGAAGAGAGACAAAUGUGAACUGUUGGACUGGUUAACAUUUCCUGCUCCAGUGUUUACUGGGGAUGGUAGUCCUCCUCCAAGCUUGGCAGCCUUUUGUCCAUCAGACCCCAGUCUUGUGGUCUACACAGGUUAUGGGGUAGAGAAGGAGUUGUCCUUUUACAGUCUAACUAAAAAACAGAUGAUGAAAAAGAUUGCCAUGCCCCAUUGGGCCACUUGUUUUAGUAUUUCGCCAAAAAGCUGUCAUAUUGCUGUGGGAUCAAAAGAUUGUGUGAUGAAGCUUAUUGAGCCGAGCAGUGGCAGAUUUCAGGACUAUGUGCAUGGUGACUCGCUGCAGAAAUGUCACUUCUCACCUUCUGGAGCUCUCCUCUUCACUGUGGCAUUUAAUGAGAUCCUGCUGUGGGAAGUGCAUAGCCUUUCAUAAUGUGACUUAUUUAUGGAUCCUCAACGUCAGCCAUUAUUCAUCUGUUGUGUGAUCCAUGUUUUACUAUUGUUUCUUUCUUUCUUUUUUUCACACUGUUGUUUAUUUAUUACAAUUUUAAUACUCACUUUUUAACAGUGGGUGAAGAUUUAGUGGGUUUAGCGUUUUUUUCAUUUUCUUUAUCAAAAUGAUACAAAUGUGUUAAUCAGUUGUUUAAAUAUUAUCCUAUGGGCAAUAUGUGUUUUGUUACA